GGGAAAAGCCCCCAAUAGCGUCACUGCUACUCAUCUUCACGGACGACCGCUACCACCCUAGGUCAACCUUUCCAUGGCUGGUAGUAUAACUUCCAGCAAUUCGAAUUUACGGAUUGUUGGUAUCGUCCUAGCCAUAUCAAGUGGAUUUCUUAUUGGAGUGAGCUUUGUUGUCAAGAAGAAGGGGCUGUUGAGAUCUCAGGCAGGUGGUGUGGCUGGAGAAGGCGUUGCGUACUUGAAGUCGUGGUUAUGGUGGUGUGGAAUGAUAUUGAUGAUAUUGGGAGAACUCUGUAAUUUUGCUGCUUAUGCUUUCGUCGAAGCCCUGAUAGUCACCCCGAUGGGCGCACUUUCUGUGGUUAUUUGCGCUAUCCUGUCUUCGAUAUUUUUGAAGGAGAAAUUGACGUUCUUUGGUUGGCUUGGGUGCGGGCUGUGUAUUAUCGGAUCGACGAUUAUUGCUCUCAACAGUCCAAGUCAUGAAACUACCGGUCAAAUUAAAGAAUUCCAGAAGCUGUUUUUGGCACCCGGCUUUCUUGUAUGGGGAGGAGUUCUCAUUGUUGCCUCGCUGGUCAUCAUAUUUUUCUUCGCACCGAAACAUGGGACCAAGAGUAUGAUGUGGUACAUUGGAGUUUGUAGUAUGAUUGGUGCUCUCAGUGUUAGUGUCACCACCGGUCUUGGUGCCGCUAUUGUAACGACUAUAAAGGGGGAUAAUCAGUUCAAGAACUGGUUCUUGUAUUUCUUGUUGGUUUUUGUUGUAGUAACACUCUGUAGGCUUCCACAGGUUCCAUCGUCGAUUGAAGCUGACCUCAAUCUUCUAGUAACCGAGGUCUUCUAUUUGAACAAAGCGCUGGCGCUAUUCAACACGGCUAUGGUUACGCCCACUUACUAUGUGAUAUUCACGACAUUUACAUUGAUAACAACAAUCAUCCUCUUCCAAGGGCUCGAUGCAGAUCCAAAGGAAAUCAUCACCAUCGUCCUCGGUUUUUUCACGAUUUGUGUUGGCAUCACCAUCCUACAAAUGUCGAAAGUCGACCCGGUUCAACUAUCAAAACUGGACCGGCGGUCGACUAUACUGCUACAAGCCGCUCGCCAAAACACGCAGACUGUGGACGAAAAAGGGGCAGUGGGCAUCGAAGAUCCUGGCAUCGACGCGUUGCGAGGAUCGUUUGGCACUUUCGGGUCUAUUGUCCGGGCCAGAAGCGCGAGGCGGAUGAGCCAGAACAGUCGAGCGUCUGGUCUUCAGCCAAGACCUACGGGUGCCGCUGCAGCCUAUGAUCCAGGCCAACCUUGGCUGUCGCCGGGCAAAAGCACCUCAGGGCUUCCCACCGAUGGCUUGAAACGACACCAACUCUACGAUCCUCCUGUCCAUACACCAGGUACACCCUCUAUAGCAGCCGCUACGAAAGGCGAUGAUGCAUCGAUGAGGAGCGUUCCUUCCACGAAUUCGCAGAUAGUGAGUCAUACUAAACGGCCUACAAUCAAAUUCGAUGACACGGAUCUGGUGCAUUCCUAUCACCCACCUGGAUCUGGAGCGCCAACGAGAAUGGAUCCUUAUGCCACACAUGAGGUUCGUCCGGCUAUUGGCUCGCCUAGCCCAGGUUUGGAAAAGCAGUUCACUGGAGGAGAUGGGGCAACGAGUUAUCCGCUUGAACCUAUCAAUACAGCUUCGUCGAAACUACCAGAGGAGACAUCAUUAUUGUUCUCGGGAAGUCCGACCUCAAGUGAGCCGUACGACCGUGUGCCGCACAGUGCACCAGCCACGGUUGCGUAUCAGCGGUUCAGGCCAACACCUGAGCGGGUGGAUUCAAGGAAUAUCUUUGACGAGGACAAGCGGGACACAUUGUUGAGCUUCCCGAGUGUGACUGAUUCUGCGAGAAGUUGGGAUGAACAGAAGACGAUUGAGGGGUCGCCGCGUGGGCGGAGUGUGCAGAGAUAUCCGCAAAGUGGUGAUAGGGAAGAGAGCGUUGGGUUGAUUCGGAGAAGUGAAGCGGAACGGACGCCGUCGCCGCCCUCUGGGGAUGAAUUAGAAGCACAUGGUGGAAUUCGGUUGGUUAUGACGGCUGGGCCAGGAAGCGGCUUGAAUCGGUUCUAACCAUUUUACUCAUUAAAUUAACAUUUAGGGACAGGUUUCUUUCUUUUCUUCCUGUACUUUGGCAUGAACGACAUCAUCUAAUGAUAUAUAUAUAACAGAUGCAAUUCAUUGUGUUCAAAGCAAU